AUGCCAGGAGGAGAAGGGGCCCCAUGUCAGGAGGAGAAGGGGCCCCAUGCCAGGAGGAGAAGGGGCCCCAUGUCAGGAGGAGAAGGGGCCCCAUGCCAGGGAGAGAAGGGGCCCCAUGUGGGUGGGAGAAGGGGCUCCAUGCCAGGAGGAGAAGGGGCCCCAUGCCAGGAGGAGAAGGGGCUCCAUGCCAGGAGGAGAAGGGGCCCCAUGCCAGGGAGAGAAGGGGCCCCAUGUGGGUGGGAGAAGGGGCCCCAUGCCAGGAGGAGAAGGGGCCCCAUGUGGGUGGGAGAAGGGGCUCCAUGCCAGGAGGAGAAGGGGCCCCAUGCCAGGGAGAGAAGGGGCCCCAUGUCAGGAGGAGAAGGGGCUCCAUGCCAGGAGGAGAAGGGGCCCCAUGCCAGGGAGAGAAGGGGCCCCAUGUCAGGAGGAGAAGGGGCCCCAUGCCAGGGAGAGAAGGGGCCCCAUGCCAGGGAGAGAAGGGGCCCCAUGUGGGUGGGAGAAGGGGCUCCAUGCCAGGAGGAGAAGGGGCCCCAUGCCAGGGAGAGAAGGGGCCCCAUGUCAGGAGGAGAAGGGGCCCCAUGCCAGGGAGAGAAGGGGCCCCAUGCCAGGGAGAGAAGGGGCCCCAUGUGGGUGGGAGAAGGGGCUCCAUGCCAGGAGGAGAAGGGGCCCCAUGCCAGGGAGAGAAGGGGCCCCAUGUCAGGAGGAGAAGGGGCCCCAUGUCAGGAGGAGAAGGGGCCCCAUGCCAGGGAGAGAAGGGGCUCCAUGUCAGGAGGAGAAGGGGCCCCAUGCCAGGGAGAGAAGGGGCCCCAUGUCAGGAGGAGAAGGGGCCCCAUGCCAGGGAGAGAAGGGGCUCCAUGUCAGGAGGAGAAGGGGCCCCAUGUCAGGAGGAGAAGGUGCCCCAUGUCAGGAGGAGAAGGGGCCCCAUGCCAGGAGGAGAAGGGCCCCCAUGUUAAAGUCCUGCAGACCGGACCCUGGAACCGUAGAGCUGCUGAGGUUCUGGAGAAGCGCAGAUUGGAGAGUAGCAGAGGCAGGAAGCUGCAAAGGAACUCACCGCGCUCGGCUCCGUUCCUCCUCUGCAGAACCUCUGGAUCUCUGCUCCGAGGCCUUUCUGAUCCCAGUCGACCCGCUGCAGCUAUGACUCCCCCGGCAGACCUCCCAUUUUCACUCCUCUUUGCCGCCGCCGCUCUCGUGAUGAUGCUGAUGUCACUACCUGCUUCGGCUCUGGAACCGGAGACGUGUUUCUACAGGGAGCAUCAGGGCGCCACAGUGAACGUCAGGCUGGCUUUGAGCAGAGAGGCGACGGCCAUGAUCACCCGGAAUGCCAGCUCAUACAGGGGAUGCGUCCAGGCCUGCUGCUCCGAGGAGGUCCAAACAGGUGCUCGGUGCAACAUGGCCGUGUUCAGAGCGAACAAGCGAGGCAACGAUUUGAACUGCCUCCUGUUCCACUGUCCCACGGAGCUGGACUGUCCUCUGAUGAAAGCCGCUGAGGGCAGCAACGCGUACGACAUCUACAAAGGUUUAAAUCAUCCACCCACGAUGAGACCUAUCAUCAUGACAACCACUCCGCAGACCACCACCAGCACCACCACAACAGCACCAACCACACCAGCCACCAGCACAACCAUCAAACCAACCACUACGAAGACACUGCCCCCCACCACAGCACCUCAGGUACCCAUCAUCAGUACUGCCGCGGUGCCUGCAGGUCCUCCUCCACCAACCACUACCACCACUACUGCUCCUCCACCUACUACUCCUACCCCUACUACUACAACUUCUACUACUACAACUUCUACAACUACUACUACUACAAACCCAACAACUACAAUGGGACCUUCUCCCACCUUCGCCUCCAGAAAACCCAACAAAUCCAGCAAGAAGCAAAACAAAACCACCAAGAAAGGAAAACCUCAUCUAUCCACCACCACCCAAACUGCCCCGAGCUCCUCGACCUCACUUCCUGUGAGGGUGGAGGAGGAGCGUACAAGUUCUAGCAUUCAGGAAACUACAACUACAACAACCACAGCAGCCCCAACCACUACGACCACCAGUACAACCACUACAACCCCCACGACAACAACCACCUUCCCUGUGAGUAGUACCACUCUCCCUACAACCACCAUAAAUCCAACAACUACCACCACUACUACUACUACUACUACUACUACCACUACUACCACUAUUACUACAACCGACAUGGCUACCACAACUUCCACCACCACUCAAAGUACGACCAGUACCCCCACCACUGAACCAACCACCACAUUGGCGGCUCAACCUCCGAGUUUGAUCUUCAUACCCAAAGACACCUUCCCUUCCGACCCGGACCUUCAGCCCAGUCCCACCAACCUGAACUCCAGCUCCAGCCGGGGGAAGGCGGUGGUGGCGCAGGGAGCGCUGAAAGGCGGCGUGGUGGCCGUCAUGGUUCUGGGGAUGGCCGUGCUCACGCUGGCCUUGGCUGUUGGCGGUCGGAAGGCCAUGGAGUCCUUUGAUCGGCGACAUUACACCAGACUGGAGCUCAACGACCUGCACUACGAGAUUUAAGUGGGAAUAAUCCGGCACAUUUGCUUUAUUUAGGAUUCUUUAAGUUCUUAGCUGCACGAUUCUGUAUUUUUCACUCAGGCUUUGAUUAGAAAGUGUCUGAUUGAUCAGACUUGGUUUGUUCACCUUUGAAGUGAUCUUGAAGCAGAUUGCGGAGCAUCAUCACCCUUCUCUGAUUGGUCGACUCUGGUGAAACUCACCUAUUUUAGCCAUUUUGAAGAAUAUUAUUGGAUGCAGAGUUUGUCACAGGGAAACAAAGAAAGUCUGUUUAAUAUUUUAAGGAUUUUGAAGAUAAUGUUUAUUGUUCACAUCUGGUUUCAAGAGGACUUUAAACAGGAACAAAUGCUUUCAAAUCAGCGUAUUGAUCUUUUUUCUGUUAAUUCAGUUUAAUAACUGCUACUGUAUUUUGAUACAAACUGUUAUUCUGAGUUGAUUUAUGAUGAUUAAUGUUGAACUGGAAGUAAGUUAAUUUCUGAGCAAAGUACAGUGAUAUAUAAAUAUGUGUUAAAUCAAUAUAAAAGACAUUUGUUAAUUUCUGAUAAGGAACCAAAAAGGUGAAAGUUUUCCAAAUUGAACCAGUGAAGACCUCUUUAGCUUCAUUUUGGGAGAUAUUUUAAACUAGCUGAGAUUUUAUUUAUGAUACAUUCACUGAUAAAACCCACUCAGCCUCCAGAGGGAAUGGUCUGAUUUCAAUAUAGACCAGAGAUGUGGUGGAAAUGGUUUGAUUGAUAAGAUGCUGUGAAGGGGAGUGGCAAUCUAGUGGUUAGGGCAUAGACCUAGGAAUCCUGAGGUUGUGAGUUCGAGGCCCACUACCACAGACUGCCACUCUGGCUCUCUGAGCAAGACCCUUAACCCCACACUGCUCCCUGGGCACCGCACAACACCCCAAGUGGAUGGGUUAAAUGCAGAGAGUUAAUUUCUCCAAUGUGAGAUCCAUAAAGUUAAAUUAUGUGGCAUAGAGCUUGGAAUCCUGAGGUUGUGAGUUUGAAACCCAAUCCCACAGACUGCAACUCUGAGCAAAGAUCCUUUACCCCUAUUCCAAAUGGCAGCCCAUGCUCCCCAAGGGGAUGGGUUAGAUGCAGAGAGUGAAUUUUGUUGCGCUGUACUUGUGACAGUGGAAUGAGAAUAAAAUGUUCAUUUGAAAAAAAAGGUGAUGUUAAGAUUGGCCACUAGCAGGCGUAUUUAAGCGGAAACUGUCUUUAGAUAGGUUUACUGAUGACCCAAAGGUAAAUUAGGCUAGUCAUUCAUUAACAUUCAAUAAUUGCUAAGAAAUGUGUUAAAACACUGAUACUCUUCAGCUGCUCACAAAACUGAGCUUUUUUUUAUUAUUAUUAGCCCCAGAUAUUUCUAUAGUACCUAAGCUUAAAUUCCUGUACGUUUGUUUUAGACUCUUAUUUGAAUAAAAGAGGGAAAUUAAUCCUGAAUUUGUCUUUUUAGCUACUUGAGUUAACCUGCCCAUAAAGGCAAUUGUUUUAAUAUUCUGCGAAUACUGGCUAGCAGUACUAAAGUAAGCAAGUUAGCUUUUACCAGCACAUAAAUUGGCUACAAAGUCUGGGCUAAACUUAGCUGCUAACUGUGGUAAAGUUAGCAUUUAAUAGAACUUUAGCUACUUGAAUUUACCGUGCCUAUAAAGGCAAUGGUUUUCAUUUUCUGAUAAUUCUGGCUAGCAGUGCUAAAGUAAGCAAGUUAGCUUUUAACAGCACAUAAAAUAGCUACGAAAACUAGGCUAAAAUUAGCUGCAAACUGCGGUAAAGUUAGCAUUUAACAGCAAUUUAUCUUUUUGAGUUAACCUGCCUAUAAAGGCAACAGUUUUCAUAUUCUGAAAAUUCUGGCUAGCAGUGCUAAAGUAAGCAAGUUAGCUUUUAACAGCACAUAAAUUGGCUACAAGGUGUUGGCUAAAAUUAGCUGCUAGCUGUGGUAAAGUUAACAUUUAAAAGCACAAAAGGUAGCUACUAAGCCAUUGCUAAGGUUAGCUGCUAACAGUGCUAUAGUUAGCUUUAGCUAAACAUUUCUUCUUUAAAAAUCAGGAAAGCAUUUAAAUGAGAAAUGUAUUUAAUAAAAGAACAAACAUGAGGAAUCCUUAGUUUUUCCCCAUAGAUUAAGUUAAAAUCUACUUUGAUUAUCAUUAAAUAUUUUUAUUACUUCUUUCUUGUCAAAACUUUACAAAAUGGUAAAUUCCUGACCAAGUCUUGAAACCCUAAUUAGUGACCACCUUUUAAUUGAUUUUGACUUCAAUAGGAGAACUGAAUGAACCAGUUAUUAUUAUCACAUUUUAUCCCUACUAGUUUCAUUUUAAUGCCAUAAAGCUUGAAUAGGGAGGUUGUAUUAAUCUUAAGGAUACAGAUAAUUAAAUAAAAGUUUUAUACAUGCUGUAAUCAUUACCAAACUAAUUAGAAACUUUUAAUAACUGUAAUUGGAAACAACAGUUUCAGCUGUUUGUAUAAAAGUGUGAAGCUAAUCUAACAUUGUUUAAGCUUCUAGAAGAAAAUAGCACUUAGUAUGAGGGAUGUAGAAUAAAUCUAUAAAUCACUUUCCGUACUUUAGGGCAGCCACACACCCCAUCAAACAUGCAUGUACAUUGGGGGGCAUGCCUCAUCGUUUCAUCUUCAGAGACACAGGACGGAUGACCAUGCAACGGCCACUUAGACUGAUAAGAUGCAUAUCGUUGGACUGUGGGAGGAGACCAGAGAUAACCCUAACAUGCAUGCAAUGAAAUGCUCCACUAAAACCCAGCUGGGAUUCAAACCCAGAACUCAAAGCCUUGCCAUGUGGCAACAGUACUAACAGCUGCAGCUUCUUAUGAACCAAAUCAUUUCCAACUCUCAAUUUUUCUUUAUAUGUUGUUUGCACAGUUUGUAGGAUUUGUUCCUAAGGAUGAAUAUUAAUCUGAUAUUUGUUGGAAAUAAUUCAGUGACGUUCCUUAAAUUAUGAUGCAAUCUCAAGGAGUUUGUUUCUUUCACAAACCGGAGAAGAAAGGUGUUCAGUCUAACAUCUGUCUGAGACCGAUUCACACCCUGGUGAUCAGCUUUGGGUCUUCUCUAGAAAGGAUUUAUGAUCCUGUUUUGAUUUUAACUGUAAAUGUUUAUGCUGAUUUGCUUUGCCGCUUUUUCCCCUUUGAAAAGGCUUAAGACUUUUGGACGUGAACCUGCACAUGGCCUCCAGGUUUCUUUCUAAGUGACUGAGGAAGAAGACCAAACAGCAAUACUUUUAACUCAUCGACACUCAGGAAGCUUCUGUAGUGGAGAAACCUGGUGGAGAUCAGAAUCCGUUGUGCACGCUUCUGCAUGUCCUCUCCAGCUGUACGGGCCUGUGGUGACCUCUGAACCCACAGGUUCACUGUAGAUGUCACAUUCACUGUGUGUUUUUGUAUUUUCACUGCAAAAGGAUUCCAACCAUUGAUGCAAUCCUUCAUAAACUGAUGCACUAUUGUAUUGUGUGUUUUUGAUAACUAUGAUCAGCUUCUUUAGAGAUAUCUGACUGACUGUCAUAGCUCAGCGCACUAUUUUCUUAUAUUUAACAUAUUUGUACUGGAUGUGUGUUUCAGACCGCUUGCUGUUGCGGUAUCUCUCCAGCAGGUGGCAGCAGCAGCCUGAUCACUGUUUCAGUUUAACUCUAAAGUCUGACAUGGAUGGUGAUAGUUUGGUGCAGUUUUGUCAAGUGAUGCGUUCUCAUAACGUUGGAAUUUACUGUUUUGUUGUAACAAUAAAAAAAAACUGUGAUUUUUGAAAA